AUGGCAGAACCCAGGGUGAAAGCAGAGGUACUUCCUAAGUUUGAUGUAAGGGAUGGGCUAAGGGAUAAGCCGCAAUUAGGUUUAGGUGAAUCGCGAUUCCAGGCAGGAAAUAAACGAGAAAAACGAAGGCAGGUUGGUGGACGAUGUAAAUUGCGCCGCAAGAAAAAAAAAGGGGAGAGAGGCCAACACACAAACACGCGGGAAGGGGGUUGGAAGAAGAAGAAAAAACGAGGCUGGUGGUUGAAGCAGGCAACACCAGCUAAGGCUUGCGCUUAUCCAGCAGACCUCUUCGCUCUAGCUAGGCACGCGCUGUUUCAAAGGGUCGUCAAGGGAAGUAAAAACCAACCCGAUCUCCCGACCGUUGUGGCCAGGCAGAUCGAGAGUGCACGGGGGUGGUGUGAGCUGGGUAUUGGAGACUCCGGAUACGAAGGAAAGUUGAGGCGAGGCGAGGCGAGGCGGCGAGGAGGAGGACAGGAGGAAGAGAGAAUAGGUCGGGGGAACUGCUGUGGAAGAAGACAAUCCGAUCAGUGA